AUGAGCACGGUUAAAAAGAAUGGACUGGAACCGUCACACGAUAAAGUGACUGUUUUAGCGCAAGCUAGCCAACUCAAAUGGUCAUCGAGAAAAGAAUUUAUCAUCUCGCUUCUGGGAUACUCCUUGGGUUUGACGGAUAUUUGGCGGGUCCCGUAUCUCACCUACAGAAAUGGUGGAGGUGCGUUCCUGAUCCCGUACAUAUUCUUUAUGCUGGUGUGUGGAAUUCCCCUCUAUUUCCUGGAGAUCAUGACGUCACAAUUUUCCGGGAAAGGAACUUGGCGUGUCUGGGACUUCUGUCCAUUAUUCAGAGGGUUUGGAAUUGCGUUCCUCAUCAUCAAUUGGAUUGUGGCGGCAUACACUAUGCUGCACAAACCCUGGAUAAUCGAGUAUAUCAUAGCCUCGUUUUCGGCCAAACUUCCGUGGACGUCGUGCGACAAUGCGUGGAAUACUCCAGCAUGUGUCCACUCUGGUCAGUCACUGGCCAGUAAUAUCACCGUCAACGCCACGUACAAUCUUACCACAUACAUGUCUGUGAAUUCAUCCUCUCCUGAACCAGGAAUGUUUGGAGACAACGUCACCAUACUUAUCCCUAUGUCGUCUGUGGAGGAAUUCUGGAACUACAAGGUCUUGGAUAUUUCCUCUGGGCUAGAUGAUAUUGGCCGACUGAAUUGGAAAUAUCUUCUGUAUCUACUGGGGUGUCACGUGAUCAUCUGGCUGUCUCUAGUGAGAAGUAUACAAUCUAUCGGAAAGAUGAUGUACGUUACCGCCAUUGCUCCUGUAGUACUCACAAUUGUCAUCUGGAUCCGGGCCCUCACACUUGAGGGGUCCACGACAGGGAUGGCGUAUUUCAUCACACCUGACUUCGAACGCUUGACCCACUCCGAGGUUUGGAUAGAAGCUGCAUUCAUGGCUUUCUACACUCUUGGUCCGGCUUGGGGAGGACUGGCCAUGUAUGGAAGUCAUAAUAAAUUUACCGACAACUGCUUCCGAGAUGCUAUAAUUAGCACGGUGAUGACAGUAUGUUACGGUCUACUGAACGGUUUGGUCAUCUUCUCGGUAAUUGGAGUGUUAUCGCACGAGAGCAACGUACCAAUCAACAAGGUCAUUACGUCAGGGGGGUUCUCCCUGGGGUUCGUGGCCUACCCACAGGCGAUAACGUACUUCCCUCUGCCUCAAAUCUGGGCCGUGCUGUUCUUUAUCGUGCUAUUGCUACCAGGCCUAGACUGUCAGACUACUCUCAUGGAACCAGUACUUUGUGUACUAGAAGAAAACUUUCCUACAACAAUCGGCCGAAGGAGAAUUCCGCUCCUUACCGGACUCACCAUAUUCACAUUCAUCUGUGGGAUCCCACUUGCUACUCAGGCUGGUGUGUACAUGUUCCAAUUGAUAGACUGGUACACUGCCACCUGGAGUGUCCUCCUAAUAGCCGUCACGGAGUCCAUCUUAUUUGCAUGGGUGUACGGCGGUGACCGUCUAAGUCGGGACGCCAUGUUGAUGUUGGGACGACCUCUACCAGUGUUUGUACGGAUCGCGACAGCAUUUGUCAUGCCAAUCAUCCUUACGUUUUUGGUGGUUGUGAGUAUUUUUAAAUACAAACCUCCUACUUACGGUACAUACGAAUACCCGGAUUAUGCUCGCAGUAUCGGCUGGUGUUUCUCCAUGGCGUCCAUCGUACCAAUCUUCCUCUACAUGGCAUCCAUUGUUAAAAGGGAAAAGGGAUCUUUAGGAGAGCGGUUCGCGAAACUUUUAAAACCUUCUUCAAGUUGGGGACCAUCGGAGGACGACAUAAAGCCGGCUUACAACAAUCUGGAGCGAACUUAUCAGCGAUCAUUCAAACGAUUAGCUAAAUUCAACAUACUAGGACGUGGUGGGUUUGAAAAUGUUAAAGGAGAUUGUGAUGUUUCCGAGAUGGAUUCAAUGAGCUGA